UAGCCAAUGGGGGCGCGGGGGUAUUGCGGCCAAUCAGAGUGAGGGUACCCCGGGACACGUGGGUCGGGGAGCUGAUCGCUGGGACCUACAGCUAAAGCUAGGAGACCGAAAAAAAUGCAGACCACCGGGACACUGCUCGUUACUCCGGCUCUGAUCCGCUGUUGUACCAGGGGUCUAAUCAGGCCCGUGUCUGCCUCCUUCCUGAACAGGCCUGAGAUCCUAUCUAAAGAGCCGCAGCCUUCGUAUAACAACUCCCUGCUCCAGGUGGCCAGGCGGGAGUUCCAGACCAGCGUGGUCUCCCGGGACAUUGACACGGCAGCCAAGUUUAUUGGUGCUGGGGCCGCCACGGUGGGUGUGGCUGGCUCAGGGGCUGGCAUUGGGACCGUGUUUGGCAGCUUGAUCAUCGGUUAUGCCAGGAACCCGUCUCUCAAGCAGCAGCUCUUCUCCUAUGCCAUCCUGGGCUUUGCCCUGUCUGAGGCCAUGGGGCUCUUCUGUUUGAUGGUCGCCUUCCUCAUCCUCUUCGCCAUGUGAGGCUCCGUGGGGGUCACCUACCCAUCCCUGCUGCUUCGACUCCAGGCCACACCCAGUACUGGAGUGUACUGAGCUUUACCAUUAAACACAACGUUUCUCUAAA